AUGCUCUUUAGGGAUGAGGACCUCAAUGAUAACUUCUUCAAGGCUCUUUCCCAUGUGCAACAAAUCCACGCCAACUGCAAGGUCCUGCUACGUACACACCAUCAGCGUGUUGGUUUGGAGCUCGUGGAUAUGAUGGCUGUCUACCAAGAAGGAGCCUAUGAGCGCUUUUGCAGAAUUCCUCCUCCUCCUCCUCCUUUGACAGACCUAAACGCUUCAAUAGACUAA